GCGCUCUCCCGGGCACAGGGAGCACCCAGCCCGCCCUCACGCCCGGCGCAGGCCCGGCGCGUCAGAGCGGCGCGACGCGGGGCAGCCAUGGGCGUUUGUCAGUUCUUCCUGCGGGGCUACUGCCGCUUCGGGGACCGCUGCUGGAACGAGCACCCCCGCGGCGGCGCCGGCCGGCCCGGGGCACCCCCGGCACAAGUUACUAGUGGAAGAGGAGGAUGGGGUACCUCUAACCAGAGAUACAGUAAYGUUAUCCAGCCAUCUACGUUCAAGUCUGAUACAUGGGGUGGCAGCAGAGAUCACGGAAGAGGAUUCUUUGGCUCCUCUGACUUUGGUUCAUCGGGCAGCAGCAGCAGAAAUGCAGACUUUUCUCAGAACAGGUUCUCUGCAUUAGCCAGCAGUCAGAGUGUUGCUGAUGGCUCUAAAGAUGAAGAGGAGAGACUUCUUGAAUGUGUAGUGAAAGACAUGGAAAUUUGGGAGUCUUCUGGACAAUGGAUAUUUUCAUGUUACUCACCGAUGAAAGAAAAGCUGAAUGUCUCAGGCUUUUCAGAUGUCUCRCCAGAAGAAUUGCGUCUGGAAUAUUAUGACAGCAGAGCAAACAAUAUUGUUGGGAAUUAUAUAGAUGCUGUCCAAAAAUUAGCACUACAAUGGAAAAAUCGACUGUUUCAGUUGAAAGCUUUAAAUGCAUCAACAAAAGCAGCUUUGCUCUCUGCUUUCAAGACCACGGGCACUCAAGCAGCACCUGCCUUUGGACUGGGAGGACAGCAAACCUCAGUAUCAGCUGAAGAGUGGCAACAAUUUGAAGCAAAGGAGUUCACAAUUGGAAAGAUUCCUCUUAAGCCUCCACCAUUGGAACUUUUAAAUGCUCACAACCUUUUAAGUUUAUUCAGAAGUAACAUGUUUUGAAAUUAAAUAAAAUUCUAAUGUUGUUUCAUCUCUCAAGUCUCCUGCAGGAAUAAAYUUGCAGGUAUAAACAUGUGAACAUUUAUUUUAUAAUUUCUUAGUUGUUUUGGGACAAACUUUUUACAUUUUAGAAACAGACUGUUGAAAAUAAAUUGAACAUUUCCUUUUGUUUGCUGUCCUGUGAAAUUCUGGGGAAACACUGUAUAUAAAAAGGUGGUGUCAAAAGAAACAGUGCUUCWGUCAAGUGUUCACAGCCUACUGUGAAUGGAACCCUAGAAAGACAAGGUGCAGUGUAAGACUGCUUGUUGCUGGACAGCCUUGUCUUCUGCCUCUUCGAAGGGUUGUGCAGCAU